AUCCAAUUGCCUUCCUGCAUUGUCGCGGGAGACCUCAAAGUGUACGCCAAGGGCAGCCGACCAAUGCACUGAAUGAGUUAUUUCGGGGGCCGGAGCUCCGAUAAAAUACCCCUGACACGCGUCUGACGCUAGAAAAUCGUGCAUACUUUAUACACAGUGUUCGGGCUGAAGGCGCUAAGCUCCAUUUUUCUGCACCGUCACUGUCACAGACCGAGUGCUUAACUUCUGUCGGACAUCAUCCCAGAAAGGUUUCGCCUCACUCGAGCAUAGUGUAGGCCCUGUCGCAUCAACCAAACGAAUGCUGUCUUCCCGACAUUAGGCCGAGUUCCCACCCAAAAAAUCCUGUUAAAGCUAGUGUAUCAAAGCUUGUCCUCUGAGAUGACGAGUGCCAAGAGACUGAGCCUGGCCGAUGCAACGGGAAAGGGCGUAGCGCUGGCCGUGACGGUGCUCCUUGCAAUGACCGUGAAAAGCGGCGGGCGUGCCGAGUUCACCGGGCCAGGGACGGACCGAGACCUCGAGACCAUGUUCAAAGGGAGAUGUGCCGAGUAUCUUACCGGGAGAGUUAACCCACAUGUGAACGUUACUCAGUUGAGCACGAAAAACUGCACUUUGCUGUGGGAGUUAUUCUACAAUGCUUUCGUGUAUCGUGAUCCAUGUAAUGUCACCGUGGAGAGUUUCUCCGAGUUGAUCAAGCAGGCGACUGUUGAGAUUCCCGUCGACAGGGCUGUCUAUUGGGAUGACUGGGACGUGUAUGCCGUGACGAGAUCCUACGCAGACGAGGCCAGGCGAGCCAGCACACUAGAGUUCAUGCUGGUCGGCUUCAUCAUGAACGGGCUGGUCUUCUGCGGUCAAACGGAGGACCCUGGUAUAAAUUACGAGGUCUGUCCCGGAGCAAACGAGUGCGGCUUUGCCGUCGGCGCCAUGGACGGUUUCUGGGGUGCCGCCUCCAAAUACUUUGGAAGUAACGGCCGGGGGAAUGUAAAAUUCAUAAUCAACAGUCAACCAACAGGAGGGGCAUUUCAAAGAGAGAACAGUUACUUUGCAGAGUUCGAGCUGGCGAACAUGAAUCCCUCGGAAAUUACCAGGAUGGAUAUUUACCUUGUAACCUUCAUCAGCGAGGAGCAAGGUGACACUUGUGAAUCUCAAUCAAUACAGACGCUGAAAGCCAUGAUUAUGCAAAAAGAUAUUAACUACCGGUGUGUGGAUCAGCCAAAUGAUGUUCUCCAUAUUCUGUGCGCAGACAACCCCCAGGCGGAUGAAUGUGCAUUACCAAACAUCUCAAGCCGAGCUUACCCCAGCAACCCCUCUUAUCUUGCGGUGAUUCUUAUAGGACACGCCCUACUCAAAAUAUACUCCCUAGGCUCCAUAUAAAAAUCUCCUUUCCAACAUUAAACAAGCUAUACAAUGAAUAUCACCACAAGAAAAUACAACGUUCACUUUUCGCUUUAAUCAAAAGUUCACGAGAGAAACCAUGGUGUCGAGAGAAAAUGUUUCCUUAUUGAACUAUAUUGUUGGAACUAUGCUUAUUUUCAUUUUUCCCCAGUGAUGUUCUCCAUAUUCUGUGCGCAGACAACCCCCAGGCGGAUGAAUGUGCAUUACCAAACAUCUCAAGCCGAGCUUAACCCAGCAACCCCUCUUAUCUUGCGGCGAUUAUUAUAGGACACGCCCUCCUCAAAAUACACUUGCCCUGAUUCAGACUUAUAUAAAGAUGACCUAUCUCAUGUGACAAAGUUUGUUCGUUUAAAAAAUUGUACCAUAAUAACAAUCAAGGGAGUAUUAAAGCUAUGCGACUCAACAUUUAGCAACGAAAGUUGGAUAACGUAGGAUAGGUUUAUAUGGGGUAGGAUGCCUAAUUGUGAGAUUUUGUAAACAGAAUUAAUAAUGUAAUACCCAGUUCUUUGGUGGAAAAAAAUUAAAAUUACGAACGAGUUACAUGUAUUACAGUUUGUACACUGCAAUCUGUAAACUUCAGAAUUACAGGAAUAAAACACGAUCACG